UGACAUUUAGGACUUUUAAUAGAACGUAGAAAUCAUACGGUGUUCUGUGAUCCAACUGGGAGCUGGCUUUUCUUUAAAUACACGUAAACCUUAAAAAUUUACCUGUAAACAAAAGAUUUUAAUAUAAAAAAAUGCCUGUCGAUACACGAGAAUUAAUGGAGGCAAUCGCCAUUAUUGCAAAUGAACGUAAUGUGCAAGUGACAAUGAAACAAUCGGCCAAAGGAGCAAUGGUUUGUGCAGCAACUGCUUUUAUAGGAGGAAUUCUGCUUGGACCUGUAGGACUGGCUGCUGGUGGUACAGCAGGAGGAUUGAUGGCUUAUAAAAUGACUGGCGGCACAUUCCGACCAUUGGCUGAUGUGUUACUGAACGAUUUAAAUGAUGCUCAACAGGAGAGAUUAGUGCGACAUGUCAAUAAUGCCGUGGCACAGUUCGCAAUCUCAGAUUUGGCAAUGCUGCUGCCUUUGUUAAUGAACAAUGCAGGUAUUCAGCAGGCAGUUCUAAAUACAGCCGUCAGUUUCGUAACGAAUGAGUUGAAGUGUCAGGUCAUCCAAUGACCUGUGGGUAUUUUAUGGGUUGCCAGGGAUCAUGUUACAUUAUUAAGCACAAUAUUUCUUAAAAGCACUUUGUAUUUAGUAUUGCUUGCGUUUUAUUGCUGUAUUCUAUUUAUAAUCUUUCUUUAUGUCAACAUAUAUUUAAGAUAAAGAAGGUUGCAAAACUACAGCCAUUAGUGUUAAUAAAUAUAUGUAAAUGAAGUUGGGACAUGUCAAUUAUACAUACAUAAGUA